UCGCGGCAUGCGCAGUUGCGACGCGUCUCGGUUCGCUCGGCUUUAACUGUAAUACUCGCAUAAAUACGCUACGCUUUAUAUCUAUAUUUUCUAUAAAUAUAGUAUAGCCUAUAGCAUACGUGUAUACUGUACGCCAGUGACCAGUCCCCAACUAUUGCCAAUACUAUAGCCGAGACUAUAUAGCCCGAGUACCGAGCGCAUACACAGACACUGCGUGUAUAGUGUAGGACAUAUUCAAGAUGUCGGCAGCUCAUGCCUCGACCUCGCGGCUUCUCCAAUAAAUGUUUCUUACAUAUGAUAUCUUAAUUGUUGAUGCUUCCUCUUUUUCUUUUUAAUGUUGUGAUUUAAUCGAGUGCGCUUUUGUAGCUUUACAAUUUUUUACUUUCUCAAGUCCUAUUCGUUUAAUUGUGUUUGUUUUUAUUCGAUAUAAUCUAUCGCGAGUUUUUCGGUUAUUAGUGUACAGUGUAAAGGACGUUACAGUCCAACGCAUCUAGUAGUUGUGGCCCAAGGGUGAUUCGAGCUAGGAUCACAACGUCCACGUCAACCGGCGAAGUUUUUGAUUGUUAAUCAUGUACUAGAAAAUUUUAUUGAUAAUAUCAAGAUGUCGAGUGAUGAAGAUCCAAUUCCCAAACGCACAAAGAAGAAAAAGCUUUUAGUUGUAUCUGAGAGCGAGGAUAGUGAAGAUGAAAUUGUUGUACCUGGAAGAAAAAGAAAAGUAACAGUACUCGACAGUGACAAUGAUUCUUCUGAGGACAGCGAUGUACCAAGAAGAGCAGUUGUAAGAAAAAAAAAUCAUAAAAUAAAGAGUGAAGAUGAGUCUGAUAAUGAUGAUCAUAAUAUAAAUUUUGAUGGGGGAAGUACAAGCUCUGAAUGGCAAACAGACUGGACCAGUGAGAAUGAAUCAGACACAGAAGUGAAUUCUCCUAGCAAAAAAUCACUUAAAAUAAAUUCUUCUGGUGCUGAAUCAAGCGAUGGAGAAUCUGAAAAAUGUCCAAUUUGCCUACUGAGUUUUCGUGAUAAACCAGUUGCUAAUCCAGUUACUUGUGACCACAAUUUCUGUGAAAAUUGCAUUACAGAAUGGAGUAAAAAUAUAAAUACUUGCCCCGUUGAUCGCAAAACCUUUGAUGCCAUAAGUAUUAGACGUAACAUUGGUGGGAAGAUUCUACGUACAGUUGCUAUUUCACAACCACAACAGGAUGGGCAACUUCAGGAUAGGGAAACUUUGGAAGAUUUAACUUAUUGUGAAAUUUGCCAUUCACCUGAUUGUGAAAACUUAUUGUUGCUUUGUGAUGCUUGCAACAGUGGUUACCAUACUUAUUGUCUUAACCCACCAUUGGAAGAUAUACCUGCAGUAGACCCCUGGUUUUGUCCACCUUGUGAUCAAAGAAUUCAACUUGAUCAAAGAAUGAUAGAAGAAAUCCGUAACUGGGCACGACGUCCCACUAGAAUAAACCGAUUAGAUGAAGUGAUUGAAGACAUGAGAUUAGCUAGAACCCCAACGCAUCGACGUGUACGUGACACUGUUGAUCGUAUUAGAGCUGCAGCAAAUUCAGCUAGUUUAGUACAACAGCCAUCAACAUCCUCACAUAGCGAUGCUAAUACAUCUGAUAAUCUCGCUGGUCCCUCUACAAGUGGUAGACGUAAUACCAGCGCCACUGCUCGUACUUCUCGUCGAACACGUAGAAAUGGUCGAUCAAGAAACGAGACCACCAAUAUGGAAAUGAGAGAAGUCAGAAUUCCCGAAUAUGACGAGAACGGGGAAUUAACUGAAAGAGUUACAUAUGUAAGAGCUAAUAAUGCAUCAACUUCAAGGGUCACCAGAAAAAAGAGGCGUAAGGUGAAAUCAAGACGCAAUGUAAGAGUUUCAACAUCAAAAACUAUUCGCUCUUUAAAAAGACUUAUGAAACCUGUAAAAAGAUGCACUCAAUCAAUGAAAAAUCACCCUCCAGGUCUAACAUCUAAUUCUAAUAUCAACAUAUCAAGACAUUUGGCUGGUAUUGGACAAGUUAGCAUAUUUGGAAGUGGACUUGGACUUGAUUACAGUCCACCAGGGUCGGACAUUGAUGAUGGAUUCGAUAUUGACACGUCUGGGGGUGUUCUUGGAGUGAUGUCACGCGUUCGAAGACCUGCCGUUGGAAGGAGAGCAAACCUUAAAGCUCUAAUAGAUCGGCCUGUAUUGAACCAUCAAGAAGAACCAAGCAAUUUCCUUGAUAGUAUUCUUAUGGGUCAGGAAAUCUGGCAUUCCAAGAAUACCAAAGCUACCAUAAAAGUCGAUGGUUCUCUAAUUAUCGAUAAACCCAAAAAGUCUGAACCAAAUAAUAACGAAAGUCCAGUGAAGAUCGAUAAGCCACUCAACGAAACUCCGGUAAACAAUGAUAGACGUCUAGAUGUAACAAAUGCUAAUCCAGAAAAUCUGACGAGAAGCGCUCCUAUGUACAAUAACCCACGUAGUGGUAACCGUGGUAGUGGUAAUUAUCGUGGCGGAGGAAAUCAAGGCGGUGGUGGCAGUUAUCGUGGAGGUGGUGGUGAAGGAGGUGGGUACAGCGGCGGUGGCAGCGGCGGUGGAGGUGAUGGUUCCUACGGAGGUAGUGGAGGUAGACAUAGUUAUGGUCCACCAGGCAAUAUGCCACAAGAUUACUCAAUGGGUGGCGGAAAUUAUAUGCCUGGAAAUGACCAUCGUAACCAACCUCCACCCGCCCACAUGAAUUCACCCUUCAAUAAGCGCAAUCGAAAUCCAGCAAAUUAUCACGAUUCACCCAAUCGAUUUCCUCCUCGAUAUCAUCCAGAUCAACAUAGUCCCAUGGGUCUUCCACAAAAUCGAGACUUUGCCUUUUCUGGUAGAUCCAUUCCGGAUUUUCCUCGCUCACCGCAAUCUUUGCUACAUCCUAUGCCUCCACCGUUGAUGCAAAAUAGAGACGGAGGCAGGCAAAAUAGAGGCGAUGGCAUGCACAGUAGAGACAAUAGAAUGUCUACUAGAGAUAAUGAAAUUCGAAGAGAUAGUGGUCGGGGUGAACUAUAUCCCAGAGAUAGUAUUGUAAAUAACAUGUACGAUAAUCGUAAUUUUAAUACUCGAAAAAAUGAUGACACAAAUGUAGUCGAAUCAACGUCAAAUCAAUCGGCUGAAUCGCAGCAGCCCGAUGAAAAUGAACGUGUUCAAGGUGGUGAAAAUGUUGUAAUCGAUGAUGCACCGAAAACGUCUAAUCAAACGAGUACUUCUGUUACUACCGAUAAGUACGACCCAUUUGCUGACGACAGCGAUAGUGACGACGAACAGCGUUCUAAACAAUCAAACGAAAAACCUAAAUCGUCAAAACCAGUCGUGCCUUUGAGGCCUCCCCCUGGUCUCCGAGGCUUCCCUGGCUUGAAAAAUGACGAUACCGAAUCUUUAUUGGGAGAUGAUGCAUCUACCAUGGGCGAUAAUACGUCGGCCGCAGAUGAAAAUGUAGGCGAUCAAAUUUCCACUAUCGGUGAUGAUGGUACAAACGAAGGACAAUCAUCUCAGCCAUUAGAACCUCCACCAUCGUUCAGUUCUUUUAGUAAUUUUGAUUUGGAAUCUGAUCAGAAAUCAGAAAGCGCCAGCAACGAGCAAAAUCAAAAAUCUAAAGAAAAAAAGGAAAAAACUUCCAAUCAAAAGCUUCGUUUAACUGCUUACGAUUCUGAUGAAGAGUCUGAAUCAGACCAAUCUGAUUGCCCUAAUUUUUCUAUUUAUUCAUCAGAAACAAUGAAUGUGGCUAGAUCUAGUGAGCAAGAGAUGUCAUCUCAAAUUGAUCCAUUAAAAUCACCGUCUGCGUCUCCAAGUAAGGGCUCUAAGCCUUUAGAACCACCACCUAUGCCACCAUUUGAAGAUGAAUUACGCGCUGAUCGCGAAGAUGGUGUUACUCCACUAGAACCACCUCCUAUGCCUUCAGGAAUGUUGGAAGACGAUUUACAGAGCAAAGCUGGAAGCCCAAAUGCUGUAGAACCUUUAGAGCCUCCUCCAAUUCCCAUGGAUGAUUUGGAUGAAACCGCUCCAUUACAACCACCACCAAUGCCUCCUAUGGAUUUCGAAGAUGAUUUAGGGCGAUCUACGCCAUUGACUGCUAUGAAGCCUCUUGAACCACCACCAAGUCCUCCAGAUUUAGGCAGAGCAACGCCUGCUUCAAUUAUGCAUCCUUUGGAGCCACCACCAAGCCCACCAGAUUUGGAUAGAAUUACUUCAACAUCGGUUGGUCAACCUCUGGAACCACCACCAAGUCCACCAGAUCUUGCAACUUCUGUGAUUCAGCCGCUAGAACCACCACCAAGUCCGCCUGAUUUAGGUAGAAUGACUCCAGGUCUUAUUAUUAAACCUUUGGAACCACCACCUAUGCCACCAAUGGAUUUUGGACGUUUAACUCCGGCCCCAGAUGUUACUACUUCAAUGUCUUCUAUACCUCAUAUGACUGAUUCAAAUUUUGAAAUGACAAGUAAAGUAUCUAUGCCUUUAGAACCUCCUCCUAUACCACCAGAAUUAGAUAUAGAUAUAAGUAUGUCUGAGGAAGAGUCCAGUGGUGUGGAAGAGGAAGAUGAUUCAGAAACUCCUGUAUUUGGUCCUAAAAAUCGUUCUAAAAAACGAACAGCUUAUAAGAUUGAGGGCAAAAAUACUACUGGAGAAGAUGAAACAACAAUUGAAACUUCUGAAUACCUUGAUGCAGUUCAAAAAGAAAGACAAGCAUUGAGUAAAACUUCUGGAAAGAUCCAAUUGGACAGCCGAGGUAAAAUCACGUUCAAGAUAGGAAACUUGAGUCGUUUGAACAAAGUAAAUCUUUACGACGAGGUUGACGAAUCUGAAAUUAAAAGUUUGCCGCUGGAUUUGGAAAAAGAAAAAGAAAAGGACAAAGAGAAAGGAGAAGAGGCAGAAAAACAGAAAGAAAAGGCUAAAAGUAAAGAAAAAGAAAGAGAAAAAGAUAAUGACAAAGAAAAAGAAUCAAAAAGAAAAGAUCGAGACUUAGAAAAGAAUAAACGUGAAUCGAGAAGUAAACACGUAGAAAAAGAGUCAAGAUCUAGAAGUAAACACGACGAUAAAAAAAGGAAAAGUUCAAAGUCAAGGAGUAAAUCCAAAUCUUCGCGCAAACGUUCACGAUCAACAGCAUCUGGUUGGGAUAUACGACCUGAUUUCGCAGAGUCAGGUUCCGAAGACCGUACUCGAAGCCCGGCUGAGCUACGUUCCAAAUCCAAAUCUAAAUCUCGAUCUCGAUCUCGGUCUCGCUCGGUUUCAAUAACUCGUUCUUUAUCAAGAUCAAAAUCAAAAUCGAGGUCUCGAUCAAGAUCUAGAUCUACAUCGAAAUCUAGGUCUAGAUCAGAAUCUGAAUCCUCCUCAAGAUCUCGAUCAAAAUCAUCGAGUUCUGUACAGGAGAUCAAUGAUCAAAGUCCUCUGAGACCAAAGCAAAUUCCGAUUGAUUUAGAUGAGCUUCAGCAAACUCUGGACAAAAAGCUUAUCGAACUCGAUGACAUGAAUAGUAAAAAUGCCGAACACAAUAAAAAUCAAGAUGAUAUGGUACGCGGUACUUCUCAAGGCAUGGAAGCUGCAGCAGCUUUGCUGGAUGAAAUUGAAAAUUCGUUCGACGCUGAUCUCAUUAGAGAAAUUACGUCUCCGAAAGGUGCCGCAGGUUCGGAUGAAGACAAGAUGUCGUUAGCUACCGAAGAUGAAGAAGAAGCACGAAAAAUGGCCGAGGAAUUGGGCGAACUCGAAGCAGCAGAAAAGGCCAAAAAGUUAAAGGAGCAAAAAAAAACAGAUAAAGAUAAAAGCAGCGAUGACGACGACGACGACGACGAUGAGUCUGUGGAAGCCGUCGCUGAGGUCGAUCGCAGAGAGGAAGUCAUCGAUCUCGAAAGCGCAGAAUUCGAUGAUAAAGCUGUCGAAUACGACGGUGAUCUCGAGGAAGAUGGUUUUCAGAUGGAAACUGCUCCUAGUCUAACACCGGCGGUCACUCCAGCUCGAAGGCAAGAAACUCUGGAAGAAGAAGGUAUAGAUCGCGAUCAGGACGAGCCGACGUCCGAGUGGGAAGCUGACGGAGCCAUUACUCCGUGCAAAGACGAGUUGACCACUAAAGAAUUGCGUCUGCGCGAAGCAGCGGCUCUCUUGGCUGACAGCGGACUCGAGCCAAUUACUCCUGCACGCGACAGAUUGGACGAUGGCUUGGCCGGCAUAAGAACACCAGCCGACUAUGCCGGCCUAGGCACCGAAGCUAUUUCAGAGACCGACGAAGCAAUGAAUUUCGAGGAUGAGCUGGCUCUCCUCAAUAUGCGUUCUCGCGGCGGAGCUUCUACCGUUGAUAAAGAUGUUGAAGAAGGUGAAAUAGCCGAGGAAAAUAGACGGCCGCAAUCGCAAGGCCUCAAAAUCAAAGAUAUAGUAGUCGCUGAAGACGAGAGCACGAAGCGCAAGCGAAAGAAGGACAAGAAAGAAAAGGAAAAGGUCGUCAAAGAUUCGGAGCGCAACAAAGAGAACAUAGCAGCUCUGGAAAAUCUCACCGCAUGGAAAAAGUUGGCGUCAAAAGAACGCUCGUAUCGCGAGAAGCGAUCGAAAUCGCGAGAUUCUAAAAGCGCUAAAAAGAAAAAGGAAGAGACGAAAAAGAAAAAGGAAAAGCGCAAAGAGCUACCUCGAUACGACGUUAGAAAGCUAGUUGCGGAAAAACCACGUUCGCGCAAAGACGCGUACGGUCGCGAUCUACGGGACAGCUCGCGCAGUAGAUCGCUUAGUCUGUCCCGCGAAAGGUCUGCAGCGCACGUGCGCCGAAGCCGCUCGCUUUCGCCUCGCGGGCGAGGACGCAGCAGAUCGAGAUCCUGGUCGAGAGGCAGGCGUUCGCGCAGUCAUUCUCCGCCGGCUCGACGACGUUCUUUGUCACCGAGAGGCCGACGCAUCGAUCGAGUUCGAAGGCGGUCUCUAUCGAAAGACCGAGGAAGAUCGCGAUCUCGUAGUCGCAGACGAUCGGUAUCCCCAGCGACGCGAUCUCGCAAACAUCAAGUCGCGACGAAGAAACGUCGCUCGCGAAGUCGCUCAAGAAGCCCCAAGAGUCCUCGUUCGAGGAGUCGCUCGACUUCUCGAGGCAGAUCGCGCAGAAAGGACAAGAAGAAGGCGGUACGAGAGGCUCGAUCGAGGUCACGCCAGGUUAGGAAGCGAUCGCGAAGCAAGAGCGUAAAGAGACGUGAUAAAAAACACACCAAGAGAGCCAAGUCGAGGUCGGUCGAGCGACAGCACAGCUGGGAACGACAGCAAUUGGCUAUAGCUGAAGCUACUGCACGUGCCGACCCCAACUGGGCCGGAGCUCAUUGGUCGCCGUCUUGGUCGCGCUCGCGUUCCAAGACGCCUCCUUUGUCUUUGCGUCCUGAUAACAUAGCUCGCAACUGGUCACCGCCGAUGAGUGGCCUCAUGCAAACUACAGCUCCGAAAAACUUGAAGGUCAUAUUGACAAACAAGGAGGUUUUGAAAAAGAAGAAAAAAGAGAAACGCAAAGAAGCUCGUAAAUUAAAGGAACUCGAAAAAAAGAAGAAGGGUGUCGGGACAGUUGCCACGCUCGGAAAGCGGGCACGCAGUCCGGCUCCGCAAAAAGAAGUAUUCGCAAGCGGUGAUAACAUACUCGUAAGUGUGUGUUUCAAUAAAGAGAACGAAGCCCAGUCAUCUAUUUCUGAGCCAGAAUUGCCCGAAACGAUACCGCUUUUACCUCCAGUGAAGCGGCGCCGUAGAGAACCGUUGCAGUUGGAACCACCUACUUUGCAAAUGCCCCAGCCUGCUAAAAAAUUGAAAAAAGAUAAAGUAACGAAAGAAGCGAGCCGAGCCAAAUCGCCACUGCCAGCUUCAAAGUCGGGACAACAGCUAACGGCAAUUACAAAGCCACCUAAGAAGAAGGAUAAAAAGAAAUCGAAAGCAGCGGAAAUAGCUGCCACGAAGAAGCCCACCGCUAUUAUCGAUCUCGAUCAGUCACCGUUCCGAGAACAGACUCCUUCUCCCAAAGACAUCAUAGUCCUAAGCGACGAUGAAGAUAAACAGCAGCAGCAAAUCGACGAUGAAGAAAUGGGUACACCAGAACUGCAACAGGAAUCUUUGACGCCAGCUCGGCCAGAGCCGACUUUCCAGCAAGGCCCUAAAACACCACCCGAGCCACAGCAAUCGCAAUCCAUCAAAUUUUCAAUUACUAAUAAGCAGACUAAUCUUCGUCCGUCUCUGAUAAAUCCUCUCAUGGAAGAAGAUGAUGAGGAGGAAGAAGAGGAGGAAGAAGAAAGGGCAGAAGUAAACCGUGGCGUUGGAAUGACUGCUGAGAUGCAAGAACUGAUGGAUGAACAAGCUGAAGAAGAGCUUGAACUACGAGCACAAGAGGAGCUUGAGUCUCGUGUCAAAGUCGGUCCUAACACACCGCCAGAGCCGCCGGAAUCUCCAGACGUUUACGAUCCGUUUGAUCCUACCAAGUCGCGAUCUCCGACUCCGGAAACGAAUGAACAAGGAGAUCACCGUCACGGAACGGACGAGAAAGCUACGGCUAGCUCGCCCAACGAAGCUCAUAUUGACCUGGACACAUCGGCCGAGAUUCAGGAGGAAGACAAGAAGACAGAACCAGUUGCCAAACCAGCCUCCGAUAAACCAAAAAUAAUAUCCAUGGUCACUAUUAAGAGGCCCUCGCCGAAAUCUAACACGCCACCUCUUAAUGAUCAUCAUAUGGAAAAUGCCGGCAAGAAGGUCGAUAGUCCUCCUGUUAAUAAUCAAGAUAAGACUAGUAGCACUGCAACCAGUACGGCAACGGUCAUCAAUCAGUAUCAUUCCAUCAAUCCUGUGCUAGCUACGGUAGCCGCUGCUGUGCAGAGAAGCGGCGUCUUCAAUUCAGUCUCAUCUGUCGUAGGACCAAGAAAUCUCUUGCAUCCAUUACCUAGACCACCGACUCUGCCAAAUAUUUUCCCGCAUUCGCUACCGAAACCUCCAGCUCCGUUGCGCACAUUACCGAGCAAACUCUUGCCUAAAAAUAUCUCCAUGCUGGGGCAAAACGGAAGCGAUGCAAUGAUCGACGUCAGUGCAGUUGAAAGUGGAGCUACUGCUGGUGCCGCAGGUGGGAUCGAUUUGUCGUCACCGUACUCACCUGGAUCCAGCCUCAGCGAUGGUUUAUUCGAUCCACCCAGUCCAGGGUUCAAUAAUAAUUCGCCAAAUGCUCCUGUGUCGAAUAAGACUAAAAAGGGUAAAGACAAGUCGGAUCCUUUUGACGCAUUAUUCGAUGCUUCGCCAAUUGUUCUUCCUAAAUCAUCGAAGAGCCGAUCGAAAAGGCAGACGGAAAAAGAUAAAAAGAAGAAAGGAACUCAUUCAAAAAUUGGUGUUCGAAUGGACGAAAAUCAACUGCAAAUUUUGGAUGAUUUACCAAGUUCCGCUGUAGAGAUGCAAGUGAAAGAUAAAUUUUUGAAAAAACUUAAUCGCCAAGAAAGAGUUGUCGAGGAAGUCAAACUCGUUUUGAAACCGCACUACACGAAGAAACACGUCACAAAAGAAGAAUACAAGGACAUCAUGAGAAAAGCUGUUCCAAAGAUAUGCCACAAUAAAACGGGAGAAAUAAAUCCUAAGAAAAUAGCAGCACUUAUUGAGGCUUACGUCAAGAAGGCACGAGCCAAGAAGAAAUUGGGUUCAUCUGCACCAAGCUCCAGUAACACGGCUAAAAAACCAACGAAAAACUUAUGGAGCUGAUCACAAGAUGAAGAAAAAUUGAUUCACCAGGAUAUCGUCUAGUAUUUUUAUGCAACAAAAAACUUGGGUCAAUUUUAAGAAAGCUACAACGUUUUAUGCUACGUCAUUCAUAAACUGGACAAAAAUGCGUGCUUCGGUAGGUUCUAAUUUUAAAAAAGUACAGAAAAUAUGGUAAUCAAAGUCUUCGAUAGACGUGUGAACAAUGUGUAUUGUAUGUGUAUAUAAGAAAAAUGCAAAAAUGCAUUUUUUCGAAAAUUUACUAAAAUUAUAGCGCAAUAAUUUUUAACCUCAGAUUAUAUAUACUUAUAAAUAUAACUUUAAAAUUAAAUUAAAAGUCUUGGGCUUAGUUUUUGGUGAACGACUAUAAUAGUUUACAAGUAAGUGAUGUAAGAAUGUAUGAAACUAGCGUGAAUUAUAAGUAAUAAGGACUUGAAAUGAUUUAGUUUUGUUAAAUUUAUUCACACAUUUGAUUAGUAUUUUGUUUAACAUGUAAGAAUAUACAUAAGGACUUGAGAAUACUUUGAAAAUGAUACUGUUGAUGAGGUUUGAUAGGAAUGAUGAUUAAAAAUUUUAGUAUUGAAUUUAAAAAAUGAACAUAAUUGUAUACAAGCUAAAAAAUAAAGCAAACUGCAUAGAUUUUUUACACUUAAAACAAUGUUUGCAGUUUAAACAUUGAAUUAAAAGUGAAUAUAAUGGCCAGGACCAUAAUUCAUCGAGUAAAUAUAAAUAAUAUAAUUAUACUUAAAUAAUGUCAAAGCGCACGUAUUCCAAAACGAAAAUGAGCUCGAAAUAGCAGAAAUACUUGUCUUGUAGCAUAAUUGAAUGAUGUAUAUAAAUUUCAUAAUUCGAGCAUUCAAAAAGUUGACUAUAUAUUUUUAACAAUUCCAACCAUUUUUCGUUUUUCAUAUUUUCUAAUUGUAGUUUCUUAAUAUUGUAUGUAACAAGGAUGAAUAUUGUAUAGUCAAGGUAUGUAAAACCAUUUAUUAUCGUAAAAGAUAGUUUUAUAAAUAAUGGUCACGAAUUGUUUUGUUUUUAUACUUAAUAGUCAGACAAUUGAAUGAACGACUUGAAGGCGUUUAUGCUGUGUAAAAUUUAAAUUUCUUGAAAUAAAUACAAAUCUCGAAUAACA